AUGUAAAACCCUUAAGAGAAAAUUGAUCCUUUGUUUUAAUUUGAAUUUAUUUUCAAUAGCGAACUAUCACAGAAUAUAGAUUCUGUUUAUUAAUAAAACCUUGAGGGAUUCAAGUGUUAAUCCAUUUUAUAUAAUUAAGAGAUAAUGAUUUGUGAUUUGAUGUUGCUUUUAGAAGAUGGUAAAUUAAAGAAUGAUAAAUUAAGCAUUUCAGGCUACUUCAAAUUAAUGGACCUGAUUUAAGAUUUUGUAUAAAUUCAAACAUAACAAAAUCAAUUUAGUCUAUUAAACUAUUGUGUAAUAAAAUAUAAAGAUGGAAAAUUAUUGGUGGAGUCUAAGAUCAAAUUUGAUAUACAUUAUCCUUCUUUAACAAAUCAAAUUGAUGAAUUGCAAGCUAAAUUUUCAUAAUUUGUCGAUUAAACAACUACGCAAGGUUAAGAAUUAGAAGAAAUUAUACGAAAGGCAUCUCUUAUUUAUUCUCAGUAUAACUCACCAAUCACAAAAAACUAAAUCAACAAUAAGAAUAAUUAAGUGUUUUAUUAUAUUUAGAAUAGAUUUUUUAUGAAAUAAUAUUUGAUAAAUCAAUCAAUUGAGGAGUAGAAUAAGUCUUUACAAUAUUUCCAGUAAAUUCUUGCGAUAAUUUAGUCUUAACCUAAUUGUCAGUAAAUUUUGGAUAAAUUGAUUGAAGUUGAUUUUACAACUUUAGAAUAAAUAUAAUAAUUUGUGAAAUAAUAGGAAUUUCAACAUUCAGAACUAUGUAUAAUGGAUGAUUUUGAAUUAAAUAAGUAUUACAUAGUGCAUUUGUAAACUGCAAAAUCUUUAUAAUAAAAAAUAAAAGAAAAAAAUGCUUAUGCUGAAUACUAGAAAUAAGAAGAUAAAAAGAAAUUCAUUCAAAAUCAACUUAACGAUAUUAAAGCAACUUAAUAGUCACAUCCCAAUUUUUUAAAGUCAUUUUUUAAUUAAUUAAAAUUAAAAUUUUGGGUUCUCCUAGAUGUACCUUACCAAGAAUAAAAUGAAUACUAUCAUAAAGAAAUAAAAACAUUAGAGGUUGAUCUUAAAAGUUAAAUACAUUAAAUAACCAAAUAAUAUUCUGAAUCUAUUAAAUUGAAAUAUGAAAACAAACAUUAACUUGAAAAAUUAGUUAAGAUUAUUGUAAAUCAUAAUGAUAUAGGAAAAAUUAUUGGAAAAAUAUUUGAAUUCAAAAUAAAACUUAUCCAUUAAUAUGUUCAAGCAAGCCUAACUUUUAAUAAAAAUGAAUUCGAGAAAAAUUUAGAUGAGUUAUAUGAGGUAAAUAAAAAAAUAUAUUUACCAUAAUUAUAAAAUCAUCCAUCCAUUAAAUAAUAAGUCGAUAUUAUACUUGACUAUUGUGAAAGAAUUAAAAUAAUGAUUCAAAAUAAAUAUUAAAAUGUGGAAGUUGAUUUCAAAUAGAAGGAAUAAAUGAAUACUUUAUUAAAAUUAUUAGAAUCCAUUAAUUAUCAAAAUACAGAUCUAUAGGACAAACAAGAGAAAGAAUUAUAUGAGUUAACUAAUAGGUUUUGUCCUAAUUUAUGUAUUUCCAAAUCUAGCAGAUUUUAAAUAUUUAAAAAUAGAAUUGAGUAGAAAAUAUCAAAGUAGAAGUUGUGGACUAAAAUAACUUCCAAACAAAAGAGUGAAAUUAAGGCUGUGGAAUUUUAAAAUUAAUAUUAGUUUCCUAUAUCAAAUUUUAUGGAAAACUCUUAAAACCUUGAUUAAUUGAUGUGCGCUAUUUAUGCAAAUAACACAUGGAAUAGCCUACGAAAUUCACUACAAGUUGAGCUCUAAAAGUAGAUUGAAUUAGAUUAAUAUGCAGAAUAAAAGGAAAAAAUUUACAAGUAAUAUUAAGAUCGAAUAUUCAUUCCUAUAGAAAAAUUUGAUGUCAUUUUUAAAAUUCACUUUGAAUAACAAAAUGAAAAAAAAAUCAUGGAAGAAAUAGAUUAAUUUUUUGAUAAAAAGAGAUAAGAAGAAGGAUAGAUUCUUAGAGAUUUGUAAGAAUUUGUAGAAUUAACAGAUGAAUUCAUUAAAAGUUUAGAUUAGGAAAAAAAUGAUUAUUUCUAAUAAUAAUUUGUGAAUAAACCAGAAUAUAAAUCAAUUGAAGAAAUGUAGGAUGAUGUUUAAAAAUUAAUUCAAGAUUUUAGACAAUUGAAAUUUCAGAAAUAUUAUGAUUUCAAAUCCUUAAUUGAAACUAUACAUAAAGAAUAUAUUCAUUAAUGUUAAUAUGUAUUCAUAAACUCUCCUUCAAAUUUCAAAAGAUUCAAAUUAGAAAAAUAAAACAAGGAAGAUAAAGAUAUUAAAAAAAAGAUAAUAGAAUUUUAUGGAAGCUAAUUAUUAGAGAAUUUGAAAUUAUAAUUAUGAAAAUAAUCAAGCUUUUGAUUUAAUAUAAUAUCCGUUUUACUCUAAUUCUCUUUAUAGAAUAUAAUAAUUAAACUGAGAUUGAAGAGAUAUACAAUACAGUUUAAUAAUU